UCCAGUGUUUGCAAGUGUGAUGAGCGCUGCAGUCGGAGUUGUAUGAUGAUAAGUUGGUGCGCACGGCGUGCGUGCAGUCAGUCUCGGAUCGAACUCGGUGGAAUACAGACUGGUGCCGAGACUUCUGAGGUAGAUGUCGGGACAAUAUAACUUUCAUUUUGAGAGUUUAUUUGGCAUACUCCAUUUAUAUUAGGUUACAUUUUAUUUUCUCACUUCAACGGGUGAUCACACUGUUAAGACCGGAAACAAUUAACGACAGUGCAUCCACACUAUACCAAGCACAAGGAGAGAACGUGAAAACACCUCAAUCAUUUGCUGUACUCUCGCAAUCUGCAAUCAAGAAUUUGUUCCAAGAAAACGACCAGGGUUUCUUUUUCGUGGGGAUUUAAUUUAGGAUAUUCAUUACUGUGUCAAGCCAUUUUGGACACGUCCUGCACGAAUCUGGACUGUGCUGAUGUCGCCCGCGGACAAACGCACCGCUGGAUUGUAGCAGUGCCGAUGGAUUGAAGGGCAACCUCAACACCUUUGGAGGGCGCGAGGUGCGUGGAGGGAGCUGUGCAGCAGGAUGAGUGAAAGAUACACACAGCAAGGAAGCAAAUGGGUUCUUCUAAUAGUCUGUGUGGUGACUCUUCUGGAGUUGGCCAUACUGACAGAAAGUCACAGAGUGCAUCAUGUCAGAACCGGCACUUGUGAGGUUGUGGCAUUGCAUCGGUGCUGCAACAAGAACAAAAUAGAAGAACGCUCCCAAACAGUGAAAUGUUCCUGCUUCCCUGGACAAGUGGCUGGGACAACUAGAGCUGCCCCGUCCUGUGUAGAUGCAUCUAUAGUGGAGCAGAAGUGGUGGUGUCAGAUGCAUCCAUGUCUUGAUGGGGAGGAGUGUAAAGUUUUGCCAGAUCUAAAGGGAUGGAGUUGCGCCACGGGGAACAAGAUAAAGACUACAAAGAUCUCAUCGGACAAGGAUCAGCUCUGGUAAACUUUGAUGCCAUUGAACUGAAGCAAGGUGGGUCGGUUAACAUCACUGGGCCUCUACCUGUGGAAUAACAAAGGACAAAAACAUUGCAGCAAACCUUUUUUGUAAAUAGAGACUGCCUCUUUUGGAGACUAUACUAUGAAUCUACUAAAAGACUUACAGUACAAGCACAGGGUAAUAAAGGACAUCUGGAGGGGAAAAGAAGAAUGCUCUCUACUAAAUGAUGGCUUAGUAAAGGUUUACUUUGUUUUGAAAUGCCCCGAAAUCACAAAAUUAUACAUUGGGAUGUAUUUCUAUUCUCUAACAUUGUUCUACUUGUAGUGGCUAACAAUGGUGGAUUUUGCCUAUACAUUAUUUAUAAAGUGAACAUUUUCUUUUAGAGGAAUCAUUUUUCCCUCUGAAUGCAUUGUGGAUCACUACUGUACAAGUUAUUAACCUUGCAAAAACAGAGUAUCAACAUAUGAAGAAUUUAUCUAAUGAAUAGUAAGGACAAGAAAAUGCUAAGAACAGAAAAUAUAUAAGGGUGAACCUUACUGUACUGUUCUGAUCAUUAAUCAAAAGUUUUUUUUUCAAGGGGGCACCAAAAGAGUCACACAAACUGGAAUUGUUGUCUGUACAACAUCAUUGGAUACUUAUUAUUUUUGAUGGGUCAGCACACUGGGAACAUGGCAUAUUCAAAUGAGAGUUGCAAAGCAACCAUUGGCAGGUGAGAGAAUGUGAUGUAUCAAAGGACACUUACAGUACUUGUAUACUACCGAUAGUACAGACUACAAUGUAGUAUUUAUAGCACCGAGACAGAAAUAUGAAGAUCAUGUUUGAUUUGCAUGUUUUAGUCCAAGGGCAUCAUCUUUCAAUACAUCUACUGUAGACACUCAAAAAUGUACACAAAAACAUUGCAGGAUUUUGGCAAUUAGGCACUUUAUCUGCAUUCUAAGAAACUGAUUAUAUUUUGGAUACAAUUGUAGUCCUGAUUGAAGGAUUAGUUUAGCUAAAUUUAACUAUCUUAGCACAAAGAACAAAAGUCUACACCAACAGAUAGCAUAUGUUCCUAUAGACUUGCAGUCACUGCGGUAAUGCUAAUUAGAAAUGUAACAAAUACUAGAUAACAAUUGCUUUAAACCGGAGGCAGAUACAUCGAAAUUAUAUCCACAUGUUAAUUUGACAUAUUAAGCCACAUUGCCAAAAUCCUGAACUCUCCCUCACAAUGAAAGCGGUGUGCAAAUGGUGUUUACUCCUUUUGUGUUUAACAUUUGCUUAUGUUCUUUUGCAAAUCACUCUGUCAACUGCUAUCUGAUCCAGUUAGUACGUCUUUGUUGCACAAUGCUGGGCCUCAGAUUUGAUUGUCCAUGUAUAGUUUAUGUAAAUUUAUGCAAGCUAAUUAUGCCUUCAUAUUAGCGAUAGUCCUUGGGCUGGGUGAGGGCCAGUUUAGAUGGGUUUUUCUCAACUCCACAAUGUAGCCUAUAUCACACCAAUGAAGUAGAGUGAAGACCAGGGUGCCUGGACUAUCUCCGACUACAUUGAGUCACCGUCAGUCUAUACUUCUAAAAAUGUGAAUUCUUAAACCCAUUCUUCUGUUUGUCCUCUGUAGCUGCGUGCCUUUCUUUGAUUUUUUUAAAAAUCCAUACUUUCUAAUAAAUCAGCAAUCAAAUACAACCACCAAAUGUUUCCUCGUAUAGGAAAUGUCUGAGUUUCAGCGGUUAACCGUGAUCUUCAACCUAACUUCCCUCUUUACUUGAAGUUGGAACUCUACUGAGGCAAUUGUUUUAUGCCUACUAAUUUAGGUUGUUUGUUAACUGACAGAAAUUCGAUGUAGUCAGAAGCCCAUAGUUGCAACCCAACUCCACCAACAUCUACGUGUUCUGGACUUAAAAAACGUCUGUGUUAAGAGACUUUUAAAAAUGAAUUCAUUUUGGGUUUUGUUGUUAUUUGCUGAUUCUCAACAGGUAUUGCUGAAGCCUCCUUCGUCUGUGUAAGUAACAUCUUUGAAUAAUAAACUUUGGUUGUGUCUUCACUUAA